GGAAGCGCGAUGGAAAGAACAGCCAAAGGCUUACGCACCUGUCUUUUCGUCUUGCAGUACGUCGCUGUUUUCGCGGCCGGCGUACCAGUGGCUGGUCUACGGGAAAGCUUCGCGCUCUCGGACGGAAUUCGUGAAGCCGCCCCUUCCCCGGAUCUUCCAUUAUCGGACGGAAUCUGUGCUGUUGCCCCUUCACCAGACCUGCCAGAAACAGCUUGCUGGGACCUGACCAACAUCGUCGAGCGCCACCUGCAGCACCACCAGUGCGCAGCUGCGACAUCAACGUCAUCUCGUCCGGAUAGGAUAAGACCCAGCAUCGAGCACUAUCACUGCAGUGGGCACGGAAGCGCGAUGGAAAGAACAGCCAAAGGCUUACGCACCUGUCUUUUCGUCUUGCAGGUUAGUUACCUUUCUAAACUGCCUUGUCGUAGCUUCCGAUCUGAUGAACCCUUUAUUGUUGUGCUUCCGUGCCCACAAGCCGUUCUCUUGCCUUUUUGUUCUUUGCUACUACUUCUUUGUGGGGAUGUAGAAAGCAACCCAGGUCCUGACAACUUAGCAGAACUAGUGAAAACGAUGAAGGAUUUGAACGAACGUACAAAAAGAAUGGAAUCAGCGCAAACAACAAUAUUGGACACCGUAUCUGUGUUAAAAGAACAACAACAGUCAGUUUCAGAAUCAAUAAACGAAAUAAAGGACAGACUGGCGAAAGUUGAAAACCAAACCUCCGUUUUCGAGCACUGGCAGCAUGAAAUGAAAGAACUACGCACCACUGUUGAGCGCCUUGAAAAAGACACUAGUAAUAUGCAUUCGCGUCUUGAUGACGCAGAGGAUCGAUCGCGGAGAAACAAUCUUGUCUUUUAUGGAAUUCCAGAUGCCGCAGAUGAAACUUCUUCGGAAUCGGAAAAAAAGAUCAUCAACCUCCUGACUAAUACUAUCCAAAUUGAUGUCACAAGUUCUGAUAUAUGCCGCGCUCACAGAAUAGGACGCUAUGAUUCAGCGAAAGCUCGACCACUUAUAACGAAAUUUGAAACAUUUAAAAAGAGAGAGCUGGUUUUUUCAAAACGAGGUUUGCUAAAGAGCACUGACAUAGCAAUGAGCGAAGAUUUUUGUCAAACAACGCGCAACAUAAGAAAAAAACUAAUAGAAUACGGUAAAUCAAAGACCACGUCCUUCAAACUUCGGUAUAAAACGCUGACAUUCGAUGGCAAAUCUUACGGAUACGACGAAGCGAAGAACUGUAUUUUCGAAAUACACAGAAAAAAACCCACACACGAGCAUGAACGUAGCAGAACUCUUCGCUCAGGUCGUAGGUUACCGCCGAGUUAGGGACAUCUGAGGGGAGGAACCAUAAACGAGUGCAAGUGUUCAGUCCUUUUUACCAACAUUCGUAGUUAUUUUCCCAAGAAAGAUGAAUUCUGUGGUAUUAUUGAUGACUGUAACGCCGACAUUAUUGCACUGACAGAAACCUGGCUAAGUAGCAAAAUAACAAACCCCGAACUCUUUGAGUGUGCAAACCGUUAUACUGUUUACCGAAGUGACAGAACUGGUAGGAUUGGUGGUGGCGUCUUGCUCGCUGUUAAAGAAUCCAUAAAUUGUUCUCUUGUGCCAAUCAACUCGAAUUUAGAGCUUAUUUGGUGUUGCCUAACAAUUAGUUUUAAGAAAAUAUUAUUAGGUGUCUGCUACAGAUCCCCAUCAAGUGACUCAUCCUUUUGUGAUGACAUUCACGACAGUUUAAAUGCGGUUACCAUGCGUUUCCCGGGAGUUCAAAUUAUACUCUUGGGUGAUUUUAAUUUUCCUGACAUCAUCUGGUCUCAUUCGAUCCCUUUUUCUAACCCCUCAACGGCUGAAGCCAAUCGGUUCGUUUCAGUUUGCUCUGACUUCGGCUUAUCCCAGAUAGUCAAACUUCCAACACGUGUAACAAAAAACAAAUCAUCACUCCUUGAUCUGAUUCUAACGACAUCAACUGAUAAAGUUUCUACAGUAACACACAUGCCAGGGCUGAGCGAUCACGACAUCCUGCUCUUCACGAUUACAACACCUCAUCAAAAGAUAAAGCGACAGCGGAAAAAGAUUCGAAAUUAUAAAAAAGCUAAUUAUGAGGCCAUCAACAAUGAACUGUGCCUGUUUCUGGCCACUUUUUUACCUAGUUAUCUAGAACGCUCCGUCGAAACUAACUGGUUCAUUUUAAAAAAUAAAAUCGGUGAGCUAAUAACCAAACAUGUCCCCCUUCGGACUGUUUACGCUAACAAUAAAUCACCAUGGUAUAGUACAUAUUUGAAUCGAUUAUCCAAUAAGAAAAAACGUUUAUUCCGCACAGCUAAACUUCACUCAACACCGUCUCAUUGGCUAACAUACAAAAACGCUGCAAGCUCAUAUCUCAUAGCACUAAAAUCAGCCAAAGUCUCCUUCCUUAAAUCCACGCUUCCAAACUUAAUACAGGCUAACCCAAAACGCUUUUGGGAGAUUAUCCGGGGAAAUGCUCAUAAAAAUGGUAUAUCACUGCUGACAAGUUCUGGGGGCCCUGUACCGGAGCAUAUGUGUUCUACUCUGCUCAAUGAAACUUUCGCUUCGUCAUUCUCAUCACCUAACCUUCCCGGUCCGAUGCCUGAGAUCCAUCCUACUCAAUACCACUCAAUGCAUCCCAUAAUCUUCAACUCCACUGGUAUCAAAAGCAUCAUUCAGAAACUAAAAUCUAAAGCAUCAUGCGGGGUAGACGAAAUCAAUGCAAUCUUUUUAAAAAACACUGCUGAAUAUUGCUCAAUCAUACUAGAACAUAUUUACUCGCAAUCUUACAACUCGGGUACCUUACCGUUUGACUGGAAAACUGGCAGAGUCAUCCCUAUUUACAAAUCAGGACCAUCCCAUGACCCACAAAAUUAUAGACCGAUUUCUCUUACAUCAGUGCCUUGCAAAAUUAUGGAGCAUAUAAUUUACACACAUCUGGUUAAUUUUCUCGAACAUAACAACUUCUUCACAGCUUCGCAGCAUGGAUUUCGCAAAAACUUUUCCUGUGACACUCAGCUCAUAGCCUUCACUCAUUUUCUCCACUCUAAUCUAGAUGGCGGUUUUUUAACAGAUUGUAUAUUUCUCGACUUCUCUAAAGCAUUCGACAAAGUGAACCAUGCACUGCUACUUCAUAAACUAAGCGUUCUAAACAUCGACACAGCUGUAAUUAAUUGGAUUCGCGCCUUUCUAACAUCACGUGUUCAGUUUGUAGCCGCUAACGACGUUAACUCCUCAUUGAUUCCUGUUGAUUCUGGUGUCCCGCAAGGGUCUGUGCUUGGUCCCUUACUAUUCCUAAUCUAUAUUAAUGAUUUGCCUACUAAUGUCUCUUCGAAAAUAUGCCUGUUUGCAGAUGACUGCGUCUUGUAUAGAAAGGUGACGGAUGCCGCAGACAUUUCACUAAUUCAGGAAGAUCUUAAUAACAUAACUAAAUGGUGUCAAUUAUGGCGUAUGGAAUUAAACGUUAGAAAAUGCAAAAGUAUGAGGAUUUCCAGUGCUGAAGUGACUUCCCCUACUUACACACUUAAUAACAUCCCACUAGAAUGCGUAACAUCGUACAAAUACUUGGGUGUCCAUAUUACCAAUAACCUUUCAUGGAAAACUCAUAUUGAUUACAUAGCCACCAAGGCCACUAGCACAUUAGGAUAUUUUCGCCGGAAGUUUCCUCAAGCGCCAUCUUCAUUAAAACUACUACUGUACACAACUUUCAUUCGUCCGAAGCUUGAGUAUGCAUCGUCAGUAUGGGACACCGGAUAUCAGAACCA